AUGCCGAAGGUGACACUCACCUACUUCAACGUAAAGGGGCUCGGCGAAGGCAUCCGGAUGCUGUUGGCUUAUGGCGGUCAGGAGUUCGAAGACAUACGAGUGACCAAGGAUGAUUGGCCCGCAUUGAAACCGAAAACGCCGUUCGGACAGCUGCCAGUGCUGGAGAUUGAUGGGAAGCAAUACGCCCAGUGCGUGGCCAUCUGCCGCUACCUCGGCCGCAAGUACGGGCUGGCCGGUGCGGACAUCGAAGAGGACUUGGUCAUCGAUCAGAACAUGGACUUCUACACUGACAUUCGCCUUAAGGCGGCCUCGGCGCACUAUGAACAAGACGAGAAGAUAAAAGCGGCCAAGCACGAAGACUUCUCAAAGAACCUCUACCCGAUCGUGCUGUCCAAACUGGAUCAAAUAAUCAAGGAGAACAACGGGUACUUGGCAGCAGGAAAGUUGACCUGGGCAGACUUCCUCUUCGCCGGGAUGUACGACUCGCUGAAAUCGAUGACGCAGACACAUGACAUGGAAGAAAAGUAUCCCAGCUUCAAGAAGCUAAGGGACACGGUCACCUCCCUGCCCAAAGUGAAGGCGUACUUAGACGCCGCACCCAAACCUGACUAC